CUGGAUCAAUGGUGUCCGUCAGCAGCAGCAGGACGCUGGCUGUGGAGUCUGAGCUGUUCAGGGACAGCAGCAGCAGCCUGUUCUCCUUCCUGGAGGAGGACGGGGUCCGCAGCAGCAGCAGCCCGGGGGCCGGGGACCAUGAAGGGACCAUGCAGAGUUCCAGCCCUGAAGAGAGGGAGGAUGGAGAGGAGGAAGAGGAGGAAAAGAAAGGAUUAAUUCUGCAGAUUUUCAGAGGCGUGGCAGAUGAGGAGGAGGAGGAGGAGCCUAAUCUGCCCGAGUUUUCCUUCCAUCCUUCCUCCCCGUUCUCCCCCACUUUGGAGGACAUCGAGGAAUUCCUGAAGGAAAAGAUGGAACAAGUUAAGGAGGAAGCCUCUCCUCUGCCAUGCAGCUUCAUCAGCUCCUCAUCUUCCUCAGCGGAGAGUCAAAGUAAGCCGGUCGGGGCGUCCUCCCCGGAGACCCCCGAGGAAGAGAAAUACGCCCCCGGCCAGGCUGAGCCGUCUCCUCCCUGUCCAGCUAACCCCUCGCCAGCCUCCGUGGCCCCGCCCAUGCUCCUCAGCGCUCCGGUGGUUCUCCAGCUUCAGCCGGUACCUCUGGCCCAGCCUCAGGCUCCAGCAGGAUCUCCUCCAUCAGCGCAGAGCGGCAUUUGGCUCACCCAUCUGGUCAUGGGCCUUCAGGGGGCUACGGCUCCAAACCUCACCCUGGUGGCCCCCCAGGUGUCCUCCACACCCACCGGCGCCCUGUUGCCGCUAACCGCUGAUAACAAAUCAGCCGACCAGAAGUAUGUGAAGAUCGCACCUCUGCCCAUCACCACAAGGACUCUAGAGAUCACGGCGGUGGGAGCCGGUCAGGGGGCCGCCAUCCUGACGGCUGCAGCCCCCCGGGGGAGCAGGGCAUCCCCCACUGAGAGGGUCCAUAAAUGCUCCCACCCGGGCUGUGGGAAGAUGUACACGAAAAGCAGCCAUCUGAAGGCGCACUUCCGCCGGCACACGGGGGAGAAACCCUACACCUGUAGCUGGCCGGACUGCGGCUGGAAGUUCUCCCGAUCCGACGAGCUGUCCCGCCACCGCCGCUCUCACUCAGGCAUCAAACCGUACGAGUGCACGCUGUGUGAGAAGAAGUUUGCGCGUAGCGACCAUCUUUCCAAACACACUAAAGUCCACCGCAGCUCCAGGCCCGGCAGGGGGAUCAGGGCCACCGUCUGACGCCGCCGCUCGCUGCAGACCGCCUCCGGGAGACUCUUUGGUGCUUUGAGACGCAGAACUCUGUGAGGAACCCAGAGAGCGGGCUGCUUCCCUUCCUCUCUCUCCUCCCUGCUUUCAUCCGUUUGCAUCUGAGGAGCUCGCCUUACACAGAGCAAUCAGCUCAGGAUGAACUGUGAGCCGAAACAAGACUUCCUGCUUUGAUGCACACAUAACAGGCGGCCAUCUUGCCCGAGGCGCCUCCUCCAGCCACUGCUUGCACUACAGCUCCUGGAACUGAACCAAUAAUGGGAACAUCUGUAAUCUCCUCUCUACUUCGGCCAAUUAUCCGUCUUCCUUGGAGCCAAAUGUCAGGGAUCCGCUGCACAACAAGCAUGUAAACGUUUCUCCCUGAUGUGGCCUGGUUAGUGUGAAGCACGGCGGCGCUCAACAGAAACGACCUGCUCCUUCAUUUUGCUCUAAAUUUGGUCAAACUUUGCAGAAAUUCCCAAGUUAAUGUUUUAUGACUGGGCGCCCGAGUCGCCCAGUCAUGGACUCUUUCUCGCUGCCUUUCGUCCUGAUCGCUAACCUCUGUUGAUCCCAGCGUUGUUCUUCUACAGCUGCUCUUAUUAACUGUGAUUCCUGGCAGAGAGGCUGAACCAGAAGUUCUGGACCCCCACGGGUUGGAAGCCGCCCCUCUGCAUGGACCACCAUUUAUAAGCUCGUCGUUAGCGGCAGAUCAAUGUGCAGCCAACUUCUGUGGUGCCCAACGGUGCAGCCUGAGGCACUGCCCUGACUUUAUUAUAGUAGCACUUACUGUCACCACGGUUCUGUUGGUGUUUAGCUGCAGCAGAAGGUUUAACAGAAAAGCUAACUGUACAAUCAUGUGGAUUAGCUUUAGGCCUGGGCCAGUAUAGGAUAAAAACCAUGUGAGGAGGUAACUGCACCCAUCAGGCCCAGUGAUUCACACCUUCCACGGUAUCCCGGGAUGCUUCCUCCUCAGCAGGUGUUCAAACCGCCACAGAAUUAAUCUAGCUGCUGUUUGAAAGAAAGCAGGUUUCUGGUGUCAGCAGAUUGAGCGUCAUGUCUGCUAGGAAGUGUGUUGG